AUGCCGCUCUUCAGCCGCAACCGCCCCUCCCCCUCCAACCAACCAGCCAACACCUCCGCCUCCGCCCCCGCCCCCGCCCCCGCUACAGACCCAUCCCACUGCCGCAGUCUCUUCCGCUCAAGUCCCAACUCCACCGCGCCCUCCCCUAACCCCAACGGCGGCCUCACAAACGGCGCGCCCACGAACACCAGUCCCCAGCGCAGCAGCAUCCUGCGCCACGACGCCGAAGACGCCAGCAUCACCGCGGCGCGCGAGCGCGUCAUGAGCGCCGAGGCGGCGGAGAAGGACGCGGACAAGGCGUUGUUGAAUGCGAGGGCGGCGGUGAGGGAGGCGAGGGAGCAGGUUAAGAUUUUGGAGAGGGAGGCUGGUGAACAAGCGCGGCUGGCGAAAAUUAAACAGAAGCAAGCGGCUAAUAUCUCGGCGAGAGCAAAACCACUUGGUCGUCAUGAUGUGAAUACUUGAGAGAGGGUUCUAUUUGUGUAUUUCUAUAUGCUGAGGUCGUGAUGAUGUGAUAUACCUGAGUCUGUCUGCCUGUUUCUGUUUUGACGUUUGCGUAGUUGGGUGGUCGGUUUUGGAUUUUGGGAUAUGCUGUUCCUAUCUCUGUGCUCUGUGCUUUGUGCUUUAGGGUUGCACCUCUAGCCUGUUCCUUUAGCUCUUCGAGUUUUGUUCAAGAAAAGGGAUUGCGACAUGAUGGAUGGGUUUUGUGGAGGGUUUUCAGAGAAGUUGGAUAUGUUUAUUAUCUAUCGGAU